AUGCCAACCCCUGUUUCGUUGCCGGCGGAAUCACCUCCUCAGCCAAAGGACUUCAAGCAAAGCAGCAGCUGGGCCAUGAACCCACUUUUUGAGGCGUUUUUUGGACCGACAGCUGGUCCGGAUUGGACGAAAGCUUGCGCCGUGACCGAAGCUGAUGCGCAAAUGCUCAAGAUGCAAGAGUCCUCCUUCCUUGGCGUGGAGGGUGCUACAUCUCUCAAAGCCGAGAUCACAGGCAAGAUUCCAGAGCUCAAUUCUGCGGCGCACUAUCGGUCUGCCCGAAAGUUGGUGCAGGAUCUCGGUGGUGCUCUAGCAGUGAAAGAAGAGCUGAUUUAUUCUGGCUAUGUCAACGGUGAAACCUCCAAGCUCACGCUGCUUGAGAGACCGAUGAACAUUUUUGCUCUUCUUGCGAGUGGCAAUUUGAAGCAACCAGAAUCUGAACCGGAACAGGAACUGCUUGGCACCUUCAAGACCAAGUUCAAGAUUUGCAGAAACAAACUGGAGAAUGACAUCAACUGGGAUAACCCAGAUAUGAAGUGGGUGAAAACUUCAUCAAUGGCUCGUUUGCAUCGGUUUUUGACAACAAGAGAUUUGCAUUACCAGUGGUUCAAUCCGCUAAUCUUUGGUCUUGUUCCAGCGGAUGAUGAUGGUGUAGCAGCCAGAGCAGCUCUAGCUGAAGUGGAGCAGAUGAAGUCUGCGGCCCUUCUGUUUGCCAAGAAUGCAGGAUGGUCGGAGAAAAUCGGCCUCUUUGUCAAUGUUUUUGGGCACAACAAUGUGAACUCCUUGUUCAUCCAUGUGCUCGACAUGGCGGAACUUGGACCUGCAUUUAGCUACCAUGCCUUCAAGAAUUUGCCUUUGGAUGACGUCAUCAAGGUCUUGCGUGAGGAGGCUGCCACUAAUUUCCUCCCAGCUCCUGUGAAAACAACAGAUUUGCCAGGCCUUCUUGAGAAAGCAGGGGCAAGGAGGCGAAGAGAUUCAACCCUUGGAGAGAACCACCAGAAUUUGGGAAAUUUCUUUUUUGCGGGAACUGAUGGUGCAACCUCUGUGAAAGCUGAGAUUGUCGGCCGCCUCCCGAUUAUCAAAGAUGCUGCAAGUUUCCGGGCUGCAAGACGGAUGCUCACUGAAGAGCUCGGAGGCAUGGCAACUUUGAAAGAGGAGCUGAAUAGAUCGGGUUUCAUUGACCCAGUGACGGGGAACUUGACAACAGGGACUCGUCCCUUCAAUGUCUUUGCUCGCAUUGGUGGAGGUGUCAUGACACAACCAGGAAUGGACAAGGAGCAGGAAUAUCUUCAAGAGUUUAAAGAUCACUUCAUUAUUUGUAGCAACUUGCCAGCCAACGAUGAGCAUUGGGACUCAGAUGACAAAGAAUGGGUGGGGAAGGCAUCGAUGUCCAAACGCCAUCGUUUCUUGACCAUCAAAGAUUUGCAUUGGCAGUGGUUCAAUGUACUUGGCUUUGGGCUCCUGCCAGAGAGUAAGGGAGGGGCAGGACUUGGUCGAGCGAUUGCUUUGAUAGAAGUGAUGAAGGCCGCAGCUUUGCGCUACACUUCGCUUUGUCCUGGUUGGAGCGAUCGAGUUGGCCUUUUUUAUCACGUCUUCGGGCACAACUCGGUAAACUCUCUCCACCUUCACAUUUUAGACAUGGCAGAAUUAGGUCCAACCUUCUGGCACUUUGAGUACAAGAACUGUCCUCUGGAUGUUGUCUUGAAGGUUUUGAAAGAGGAGGCCUCUGCUAACUCCAUGGGUGCCGAGAACUUGGGUCUCAUGGCAGAGGUCACCGCCGCCGCGAAAGCGGCAGCAGCAGCUGCUGAGGCAGCAGUGGCACAGAAUCGUCCAAGUGUCCGCAUGGCGAAUGGCAUGGAAAUCUUGAACUUAAAUGUGGGUGGCGAACCGUUUUCAGUUUGCAGGGGCACUAUGUUGCAGGCUCCUCCAGAUUCCUUGUUGUACAAGCUCUUUGCCAAGGACAGCGUUCGCCUAUCAAAUUUGGAUGCCAACCAGCGUCCUUAUCUUGAAUAUCCAGCAGUUGCCUUCAGGCACAUCGUCGACCGCCUUAGGCUGCUCUCGCAGCUUGGUGAAGAAGAUGUGCUACAACCUUUGGAGCUUCCCGCCAGCCAGGAGCAGCAAGUGAGAGAGUUGGCAUGGAUCUUGGGAGUGGAGGACAUGGUGCUGAAUAGUGCACAGUUUGGCGGUGACCCUGAACAACCGAAACGGCCUCCUAAAUUGGGCAGGCCUUUCUGUUGUGUACGGCGGCAUCCUCGUACGCGCACGCUCGCAGAGACCCAAGACUCCAAGGUUUGA